AUGACAAUUAGAACAGUCCGUCCAGACCGGGGACAACAUUUCCGGCCCGGCAUGCACUGCCUCAAAAAGCUGGAGGCCAUUUUGGUGGAGAUGCAGGACUCGAAAAGUGGGGUCAAGGGCUCGGAGCAGAAACUUAACGUCACUACCAUCCCACAUGUCAUCGCUGAUCACACUGAAUCACUAAUACUUCUCCAAUCUAAACCUUUUCAGACGCCAUACUUCUGGCCUACACAGAAAUGGGUUGCAGAAGACACUGACUACGCCAUUUACCUGGCCAAGAGGAACAUUCGCAAGAAAGGCAUGCUGGAACCCUAUGAACAGGCACAUUACAACCACCUCCAUGAAUGGUUAAACCACAAAUGGGACUUUAUCGUCAUGCAGGCCACUGAGCAGUACAAGGCUGGUAAGGAGAGGAAGAAGCCGGAUCGUGUGGUGUUUGACUGCCAGGAGAGGGCUUACUGGAUAGUGAACAGGCCACCGCGUCGUACUCACAGUGCUAUGGACAGUGGUCCAGAUUGUCUUUUUGAUCCCACUGCGGAUGAGAAAAUCAGCUUUGACCAGUACAGACGCAGGAACCUGUUCUAUCAACAAGCCAUCAUGAGGUCAAAGGUCAAAUCUAGCGUGUCCCUUGGAGCACUGGUCAAGUACAUCACAACCUACAAAAACCACGACCCGUUCCUGGCCCCCUGUCUACCCAGCAACCCCUGGCAAACAGACAAUGACACAUACUGGACUCUCAACAUGAGAAGAGUUGAGGUCCCCACUAAGAUGCGAGUAGAGCGCUGGUCCUUCAGUUUGUUUGAGCUGCUGAGCGACCUGCGAGGCCGAGACGACUUCAAGAUCUUCCUCAAGAAAGAGUUCAGUGGGGAGAACUUGGCUUUUUGGGAGGCAGCUGAAGAACUGAAGUGGGGCACUUCAUCUUCCAUGUCAGCAAAAGCAGAGACCAUCUUCAAUUACCCUGCUGCGGGGCUGCUGUGUGAGCCCUUGGUAAUGGUGAAGGGCCUGAGCCAGACAGGCCUGCAGCAGCUCCUGCAGGACCGUGUGGAGCGGGCUGACCUGGACCGGAAGACGGAUUUUGGAUGUGACGCUGCUCCCAGACUCUGCUUCUUCUUGGAUCUCCAGAUCCUCCCACUGAGAAGCUCCUCCUUCAGACCCGCCCACUUGGCCUGCACGGGGCUGACCUCUGCGGCAGCCCUGGCCUUUCCCAGCUUCUUGCUCUGUCUGGGGGUUCCCUUUGCCACAGCCUCGGACCCGCCCUGUUUUCCCAGGAUGCAGUGCUUCAGGUUGGGGCAGAGUUCACCCAUGGACUGGCACAGCCUGGCCAUAAAAAGGACUGAACUGAGAGACUUGUUCAAGACUGUCCUUACCUGUUUCCUGGGAAGGAAGAUAGUGCUGGAGGCUGCUUCUUUGGUGCUGCUGCCCCCGCUGGGUUACGCUGACCCACCCUGCAUCACUCAGCAGAUCCCCCGGAGACUCCGACCACAGGAAGGAGGCCACAUCUACUUCAUACUGUGCUCCGCGGCCAGAGCUGGGGACACGUUCUUCCGUUACCUCAAGUCACCGGUGUACAAAGACACCCAGAAGAAGGCACUGAACCCUGAGCCUCACAACUUCAGUCCGGCCCAGCUAGAGCAAAAUGCGCGGAACCUAAGCCCAGGCAUCCAUCCCAUCAUCCUCUGGCAGCAGGAGGAGGAGGAGAAGGCCAAGGCCGCCACUGCCUCCGCCCCUGUUGACGUCAAGGCCAUGAUGAGCAAAAUAGACAGGAAGAAGUAG